GAGCGAGCCCAGCCAGCCAUGGCCAAAGAGGAGAAGAAGCCCUUCCGCGAGACCAUGGCCGAGUGGCGGCGCUUCAUCUACAACCCCGACAGCGGCGCGUUCCUGGGGCGCACGGCCAAGAGCUGGGGUUUAAUUUUGCUGUUCUAUCUUGUAUUCUAUGGCUUCUUAGCUGCACUCUUUACCUUCACAAUGUGGGUUAUGCUGCAAACAUUGAGUAGUGAUAUUCCCAAAUAUCGCGACCGGAUUUCUAGUCCAGGGCUUAUGAUUUCACCGAAGCCAGCUACAGCACUGGAAUUUUCGCUAGACAAAAACGACUCUAAAAGUUAUGAAAGCUAUGUGUCUGCCCUUCACAAAUUUCUCGGAGCUUAUAAUGAAUCGGAGCAACCCAAAAGCAUUCCGUGUACACCAGGACAACUCUUUGAACAGGAGGAGAGUGUCAAAAAAGCAUGUAAUUUUAAUCGCACCAGCCUGGGUCUGUGCUCUGGACUAAAAGAUGUCACUUUUGGCUAUGCCAAAGGAACACCCUGUGUUGUUAUAAAAAUGAAUAGAAUAAUUGGACUAAAGCCUCAAGGAGACCCAUACAUAGAGUGUAAACCUAAGGAAGAAAACAAAGUACACAUAGAAUAUUUUCCUGCUGGGGGAAGAAUUGAUCUAAUGUAUUUCCCAUAUUAUGGGAAACGCUUACACCCUGGCUACUUACAGCCACUAGUGGCUGUCCAACUGACUUUUAACUCAACCAGUACCAAAGAUGAUGUAGCAAUUGAUUGCAGGAUCAUGGGAUCAGAAAAUUUAAGAAACGAAGAUGAUCGUGACAAGUUUCUGGGACGAGUUUCCUUCAAAUUUCAGAUAUCUGAAUAGUGGCCGUCAGUAUCUUCACGAAGUAAACCUUUGGGGGGGUGUUUUUUGUUUUUGGGUUUUUUGUUUUGUUUUGUAUCAGCGGGACCUGCCAUUCUGGGAGACAAGACCACCUUGGAGAAGCUUGGGGUGGAACAUGGCAUUCAGGGUAGCAUAAUGUGCUUCCAAAUCAUGUUUUAAAUCAUUCACAAAGUAACUGCCUGCCAUGAUUUUGCCUGCCCUGUUGGAUCAAUGUACAGACAGUUUGUCAUUUUAGGGACUUGUAAAUAGCUUCUGGAAAUGUAAUAAUGGUGGUCUUUGUUCUGUUCCAAAAUGUGGGCUUUAUCCCCAAGUGAGUGUCUCAAACGUAAUGUGCUGUGCUAUGUAAAUAUUGUAUUGGUUUAACACUGGUUUAACUCUCAUAUCAGUACCAACACACUUUUAAAGAGUAAAAUAUGAGAUUUAAAACUACCUGACCCAAAAUAGUGAGUUUGUGUUUGUGCAGAGACAGCUUAAGUCCUGUAUUGGGUGGUAGGUAGUAGGAAAAUAUAAAAUGGAUUCUAAGUGUUAGUAUUGAUUUGACAUUAUUUAAGUACUGAACUAGUCUGUUGUGCUUGUCAUUGUACAGGUAUUGUGUGUACAUGUAAUGUUUGGUCUAGAUUUGGUAUUUUAGUUGAGGAAUUGACUGUUACCGUAUUGUUAACUGCUUGCUGUAUGUGGAGCACAGAUAAAACCAAUACAAUGUCACUUUUUAAACUUUUUAGUUGAUCUAUCAGUAUGAAACAAUUUCUUUAAGAUGUUUAUGGUUUAGAAACCUGGUAACAAUUGUACUACAAAGCUGCUUGAACGAAAAGACCUCACUAUGUGGGAGUAGACUUAUACUUUCCAAUUAAAAAACCCCUGAAUGGAGAAAUGCUUGUUAAAAAUUUAAAGCUCCGUAAGGAUUGUCUUGAUUAAACAUUCCUUUGUUUAAUUUAUAAA